GUCACAAAGUUGUCAAGACUCAUUGAGAGAGAGAGAGAGAGUGAGGCUAAGAACAAUUUAGGUGGGAAUAACCAUGGUGAUAAUAGCAUCCAAGAGAAUGGGGUCGAUGAUGCUCGUGGCGGCUCUAAUAUUAUGGUCGUCUGUCGGUGCCGAUGCUGACGCGCACAUACUUUUGUCGCGCAGGUGGAAGUGUAUAUUCCAUUGUUGGUAUCGACCUGACCCAGUUGGAUGCUUUCACAGUUGCUAUGAUCGUGUAGGAGGGUCCUUGACAUUCGCGGCAUCAGAGCACUGCGAUAUCGGUUGUUUCGUAUCUACUUGCCUUGCCUACCAUCUAGACACCAAGAAAGUUGGACUGGACGUGAACAAGGUUGGAGCUUGUGCGGAUUCAUGCUCUCAAAGUUGCCAAAAGACUUAUUCAUUACACUAAAGUCAUUGAACUUAUGUAAUGCUUUGUGGUUUCAUUGCUCAACUAAUAAAAAGUUCCGUAUUAAUUUUCUA